AUGAGCACAUUCGGCCACCUGUUCCGCGUCCACACUUACGGCGAGAGCCACUGCAAAUCUGUCGGUUGUAUCGUAGAUGGUGUUCCCCCGGGGUUGAAAUUGACCGAGGAGGAUAUUCAGGUCCAGCUCUCUAGGCGUCGUCCUGGACAGAGCGACAUCACCACUGCUCGCUCCGAGUACGACACCGUCCACCUCCAAUCCGGGACCGAACACGGUGUCACCCUCGGCACGCCCAUCGGUCUGCUCGUGCACAACAAAGACCAGCGGCCUCACGACUACGCCGAGACUGAUCUCUACCCCCGCCCGUCCCACGCCGACUACACCUACCUCGCCAAGUACGGCGUCAAGGCUUCGUCGGGAGGAGGUCGGGCUUCGGCGCGCGAGACGAUCGGCCGAGUUGCUGCCGGGGCCAUCGCGGAGAAGUUCCUCAAGGAGGCGUAUGGCGUGGAGAUUGUUGCGUUUGUGAGCGGCGUAGGGAAGGUGGGGUUGCCGUUUGAAGAAGAGGAGAAUGAGGUGUUGGGGAAGGAGUAUAUGGAUCUGGUGCGGACUGUGAAGAGGGAGGAGGUGGAUAAGGAGAUCACGAGGUGUCCUCACAAGGAGACCAGUCAAAAGAUGGAGGCUGCCAUUCGAGCAGCCAAAGCAGCAGACGACUCCCUCGGCGGCGUCCUUACCUGUGUCAUCCGGAACGCCCCUCUCGGACUCGGCGAGCCCUGCUUUGACAAGCUCGAGGCGUCCCUCGCACACGCGAUGCUUUCUAUCCCGUCUACGAAGGGCUUCGAGAUCGGUUCGGGGUUCCGAGGGGCCAUGUUCCCUGGAAGCCAGCACAAUGACAUGUACAUUGAAGGUGGACCCGACGCGCAGGGACGUUUGAGGACAGAGACCAACUGGAGUGGAGGGGUGCAGGGUGGAAUCAGUAAUGGGGAGGAUAUCUAUUUCCGGAUCGCCUUCAAGCCGCCAGCAACUAUCGCCCAGGCGCAGUCCACAGCCCGAUACGACGGAUCGGCAGGUACUCUCGAGGCCAAGGGAAGACAUGACCCGUGUGUCGUGCCCCGUGCCGUACCUAUCGUGGAGACCAUGGCCGCCUUGGUCAUAAUGGAUAUGGUCCUCCAGCAGAACGCGCGCACGGCCGCCGCUUCCCUUCUUCCCGCCUUGACCCACCUUCCACCAACUAUGGUCCUCCCUUCCAAGAAGACCGUUGAGAAGAUACAGAAUGGGGAGGAGAAAGUUCAGGUGCAGAACCAAAAAUCUGGCGAGGAAUAG